AUGCCGCUCCCGGAGCCGCCGCUUCCCAGAGCAGUCUGUGGAUCCACAGGGAGUGAAUGCACCCCACGCCUGGGAGCCCAGCGCAGGCCUCACAGCCAACUGACCAGAGCCUUUAUAUCUGCAACCAACAGCAACUGUUCCACUAAAGAGCCACACAUGGUACAAUCUGAAGGUUCUGAAAACCCAACCGUCAUUUUCUUGUCUAACCACAAGUUCACCCUGCUAUUGUAUAUUGAUCCCUUCUGUGUGGAAAGACAAGUCGUUCGAGUCAAUGUGCCAAAGUCUAAAAGCAUGUGGCAAAUUCCUCAAACCAGGCGACUUGAGGUAGAUGUUUCUUGCAGCGGAAGAGACUGGGCUGAGGAAGAUCAGAACAACGGACAGCUCCAUGUCCACAGCCCUUGUCCCAUUGUACCCAGUGCCAGAAUUCAGCACCCAGGACAGCCACCAAAUCAUUCUCAUUUUGGUCCCAAGAAUACAAUGUCCCAGUCCUGUUUAGGUGCAAUGAUGGCCUCUCGACACUGUGCAUCCUCUGCAUUGGGAACCUGGGAGCGAUCCCAGGGCCUGGAAGCCUCAGGUGACAGCGAUGGCAGUGUCAGAGAGAGUGGAGUCUGGAUAGACAGAUGAGGCCAAGGUAGUUGCAAGGCCAGCUUUCUGUCCAGAUUGCUUUCUGAAAAGGGACAGCUGCAUAGUGACUCAGGAAGCUCACAGUCUCUGAAUAGCUCCUGCCUGGAUUUUCCUCAUCGGGAAAACAACCCCUCACCUCUGUCAUCAGCCAAGCACAGAGCAUCAAUGGAAAGAAAUGAGAUUGAGGGAUCCCAGGGAAAGAGGACAGACUGGGUGUUUGAAUUCUACUUGAGGAAUUUGGAUUCUGGUCUGUACUUUAAUAUUGUCCGAAACAAUGGCACAAAUAAAGAAACAAAGUCAACCAUCUAUUCCCCACUGCCCUCCACCCCAUCCCCACAUCAGACUGUUCUGGACAACCUCAUGUACCCAGACUGGAGUGACCCCCAGGCUGCCGAAUGA